UCAAUUCUAGUUCUCAGUUUGAAAAAAAAAAAAAUGGAACCGGAUGAUCUAUUCUAUACUUGCGUGUACCAUUGGUUCCGUCAGCUAGCUCAACUCGGCGGAUUGGAUAUUUUCGUUGAUGACUUCAAGGUUGCACCACCCGCCUAUUGUCUUAUUUCUUCACUAUAUGCUCUGUUUCUGAGCUGUGUUUGGACAAUUUACGCGUAUCCAUUCGAUGACAAACUAAUGUGCUGCACUUUCUUAGCAUUCUGUUGUCAGGGAAUUGUUAAGUUCCAUAGCCUUCUAAAAAACCAUAAGGAGAUGAAGGCCAUGUGCGACUUUAAUCUUAAAGUCUACAGAUCAAACAGGGAUACUAGUCACAAUAAAACUGAGCUAACGAAGGCGGUCAACAUAAUUGUCUUCAUUUUCAAAGGCGGUAUUUCGUUUCUCAUUGUUACCGCCAUCUUAACGGUGCUGAAGCCAUCAAUUACCUAUCUCUUGAUUGGAAAAGUGGAACCUAUAUUGCCCACGUACAUCCCUAUGUUGAAUGACAAAGAACUUACCGGAUAUAUGUGUCUGGCAGUGUUUCAGGCUUACAUAAUGUUUGUGUUUGUUAUUGGCACUGCGGCUACUGAUUUUGGCUUGAUGGUUUUGGUGCUUCAGUCUUACACCUUGUCUCAAAUUUUUCGGAAUGAAGUUGAUGACUUCAAUUCUUUGGUGGCAAAGAAUGAACGGAAUACAAACACCAUAGAUGUUAGAGCAUCCUUAAGGAAUUUGAUUUUGAUGCACAUGGACUUUGUGAAUUUUACGAAAACUUUGAAAUUGGCAUACCAUGAAAUAUGUCUUGUUCAGAUUACGAUGGCAAAUACGAUCAUGAUUGUCCUUCUCUACGUUAUUUUAAUUAUGGAUUGGUUUCCAGCAUACUUCUUUAUGGCAACAGCGUUCUUUCAAGUGUUCGAGUACAGUCUACUGGGAACUAUUUUUGAAAUCGCCAAUGACAAAAUGUACAAUGCAAUCUGCGACAUUACCCUGGUAUAUCUCCCGGUAGCAGAGCAACAAAAAGUUAAUUUUAUGGUUUUGAAUGCUCAGAAACCACAUUUACUCACGAUUGGUGGUUUUGAGUCGUUGAACGUGAAAACGUACAUUGCUGCCUUGAAAAGAACUUACUCUGUUGGAAUGAUUUUAAUCAAUUCUGAAGUACAGUGAUGUAUACCCUCAAAAGAAUGUUUGUUUGCAUCACUGAAAAGGAGAAAUUGAAAAGUCUAAUUUAUGCUUAUUGUUCAUC